UCAUUUCGGCGCGACCCUCUUCUUGGCGUAGAGUUUUUAGGUUGCUCUUGGGAACCAUGCCGAAAGUAGUGUCUCGGUCAGUAGUCUGCUCUGACACUCGGGACCGGGAGGAAUAUGACGACGGCGAGAAGCCCCUCCAUGUUUACUACUGUUUGUGCGGCCAGAUGGUCCUAGUGCUGGACUGCCAGUUAGAGAAAUUGCCCAUGAGGCCCCGGGACCGGUCCCGUGUGAUUGAUGCUGCCAAACAUGCCCAUAAGUUUUGUAACACAGAAGACGAGGAGACUAUGUAUCUGCGGAGACCUGAAGGCAUUGAACGACAGUACAGGAAGAAAUGUGCAAAGUGUGGACUGCCGCUCUUCUACCAAUCCCAGCCAAAGAAUGCUCCUGUUACCUUCAUUGUGGAUGGAGCAGUAGUCAAGUUUGGCCAGGGCUUUGGGAAAACGAACAUAUAUACUCAGAAACAAGAGCCUCCUAAGAAGGUGAUGAUGACCAAACGGACCAAAGACAUGGGCAAGUUCAGUUCUGUCACUGUGUCUACCAUUGAUGAAGAGGAAGAGGAGAUUGAGGCUAGGGAAGUUGCUGACUCAUAUGCACAGAAUGCCAAAGUGAUUGAAAAACAGCUGGAGCGCAAAGGCAUGAGUAAGAGGCGACUGCAAGAGCUGGCUGAAUUGGAAGCCAAGAAAGCGAAAAUGAAGGGGACCUUGAUUGACAACCAGUUCAAAUAAACAGGCCUUUUUCUGAACCCUAGACUAGAGGCAAGCAUUUAGAUCAGGAAGCAAAGUAAUUUCUUGAUUACAUAGACGGACUCCUAUUUAUGCCGUAGCAGAAGGCUUUAUGUUGUUUCCCAUUGAUUCUCCUACAUUCAGUGAGGUCUUUAACUGAGCCCAUUUAACUUGCUUUCUUUUUUUUUUUUUUUUUUUUUUGAGACAGAGUCUUGCUCUUUUCGCCCAGGAUGGAGUGCAAUGGCGCGAUCUCGGCUCACUGCAACCUCCGCCUCCCGGGUUCAAGCAGUUCUCCUGCCUCAGCCUCCUGAGUAGCUGGGAUUACAGGCGUGUGCCACCACGCCUGGCUAAUUUUUGUAUUUUUAGUAGAGACGGGUUUCACCAUGUUGGCCAGGCUGGUCUCGAACUCCUGACCUCAAAUGAUCCACCCACCUUGGCCUCCCAAAGUGCUGGGAUUACAGGAGUGAGCCACCGUGCCCAGCCUUGCCCUGCUUUCUAGGAGAUGUAGUUUUCUGUAUUUAGGUUUUCUGUACUAUUUUUUGUCCACUUGAUGCAAACUUCUUCAGCUGUGUAGAAACUUUAUGAAUAGAUCAGUGCUUGAGUGUCUCCAGUCUCUAAAGUGGCUGCUUUUAUUCUUUCUUCAAAGUUAAUAACAUGUUGCAAGAUUUUUGGACAAAAUAUUAUGGCGUGUCAUAGAAAAAGCACCAUGAAUUAUAUUUAGGUAUAGCAAGUCAGAUCCUUUGAAGUGACUCUGUCUCUGUUCUUAGAAGGGUUCUUGGAAUUGGCUGUGGUUUGAAUCUUUCUACUGUCAGAGGAGACCCAUUAAAAGCCAGAAUCUGCAUAAA